GCAGCUGAGGAACGUUCUGGAGCAGCUGAAAGUGCGCUUGGAGAACCGCGAGUUUGUCAAGUUGUGGAGGCGAUACGAUGAGGACAGGCUGGGAGUCGUCCGGCUGGACGUGCUGCUGAAGAAACUGGGUCCGAGCUCCGGGGAGCAGCUCGGAGCGACUGCCGAUGAAGACAAGGCGGGAAAUCUGGGCCAGGCUUUCUAUGAGGCAGAGGAGGAGCGCCAGGCUUCCAUCGCCGUGGAGACGUGGCUGAAGGACAGGUUCAGAGAAGGUGUCCAGAAGAUGAAGACUGAGUUUGACAAACUGGAUCCUGAGAGCUCAGGAAAGGUGCGGCCCGACAGCUUCCUGAAGGUGCUGCACACGUUCGGCCUGCGCCUGAAGGCGAAGCACCUGAGGCUCUUCCUGGCCAGGUGUGGUCUGGAGGUUAGGAAGAUGGGCAUCGACUACCCAGAGUUCCUCAGGAGGUUUCAGGACCGUGGCGAGGAGGGUGUCCUGCACAGGAUUCUGAGCAACCCGAAGCACAGGUUCCACCAGAGCGAGAGCGCGAGUCACAUGACCUCCGUGAGUGCCGUGGAAGCCCACCUGACCCGGCUCUUCCAGUCCGAGUACCUGGCUCUCCUGGACAUAUUCCGGAACCUGGACGAACUGGGCAAGAAGGUCGUGAGUCAGACGGAGUUCCGGGCCGCUCUGGAGAGCAGGUUCCGGCUGGAGAUGAGCGACGCUCAGUUUGAACAGCUGCUGGACAUCCUGCCGCUGGACGCUGACGGGAACGUGCAGUACCUGCUCUUCAUGGCCGCCUUCGACACGCGGGGAGCAGCUCCCAGUCUGUUCGAACCCCGACUGGCGGAAGGCGGCUAUCCGUCCAACCGUGGCCCCGAGGGUCGAGACCUGGGAGCGGAGCGGGCUGAACCGGGCCGAGAGAGGAGCACGGGCCAGCUGUUCGAGAUCAUCAAGGGCCUGGUGAGGAAGGACUUCCCAGCCGUGCAGGCGGCCUACGAGCAGCUGGACGAGAGGAACACCCGGCGGAUGACGCAGGAAGACGUGUUUCGGCUGCUGAAGAGGCGAGUCUGCGGAGCCUCUGCUCACAUUCCCGAGAGCGGCUCCUGGCUGAAUGGGACAUCGCCGCCGAUUUGCAUAAUCGGGCCGCCGAGCUGGUUUUCAGGCCCCGGGAAGCACAUCAGGUCCGUGCCAAGCCCAGGAAGGUUCCGCAUCCGCCCGGAAGUGAGCCGGGGCGAGGUGCGCAGGCUCUGGGCGACGCUCCUCACGAACCAGGACAAGACGCUCGACUUCCUACAGUUCGUCAGGCACUUUGGCCACUCGCCCAAGUCGGCCUGUUUCCCCAACGCCAAGGUGUGUCCCCCCAGGACGGGGGACGAGGACCGCCGGAAGCGCUCCCGAAGGCUCAACUGCGUCUCGGACAUACUGGUGGACGCCGUGCGGGCCAAGGUGGAGCUUCUUUGCCACCAGCUCUGGGCGGAGUUUCGGGAGCUGGACCCGUACGGAACGGGGUUCGUGAGCCAGGAGGAGUUCAAGCGCAUACUGACGCACCUCUGCACUCAUCUCAAUGAGUAUGAGUGCGUCGCCCUGGGGAGGAAGUUUGACAUCAACGCCGAUGGACGCGUGUCUUAUGUGCAGUUUCUCAAGCCCUUCGCCUCAAGGGGCCGGAAGCGGAUGCAUAAAUCCAAUGUGGCCGCCAUCCUGGAGUCGUACCGCGCCUGGGAGGAGCCGCUGGCGGAGGGGGGCCUGCAGGGCCUCGGGCUGAGGGGGAAGUUCCAGGGGGAAGGCCGUGCCCUGCGCAGAGCCUUCCGGAAGCUCGACAGCUCCGGCACCGGGCUCCUGCCGCCCGCCGAGUUCCGAGCCGUCCUCAAGCUGCGCGGCGCCACCCUGGACGACGAGACGAUGGGUCGCGUCCUGGAGCGCUACAGCCUAAGGGGGGGCGGCUCCGUCGACUACGGGAAGUUCCUGCUGGAGGUGUGCGGGCAGCCCCCCCGCAGCCGUCCCGACGCCGACUCCCCGGGUCAGAGGUUCAAGAGUGCACAGGGGGCGGCCCCUCCCUGAUGGGUUGUCGACAGGGUUGCUUUUCGAGCAGAAAUGGGUUAAAUUUACAGGGAAAUUCGGAUUUCAGGGUUUGCGCAGCUCGCUGAAGACGAGUCGCCAGACGCGUGUGGAAAACAUGAGGAUCAGAUGAAAUCACAGAUAAAUAAUAAUAAAUGUGGUAGUAAG